AUGUCUAUCAUGCAGCCUCCAGCGAUUGAUACCUCACGUUGGUGUCAGCGAAUCGCUUCAAUCACUGCAACGUCCGGCGAGGAGAUACGUUUGAACUACAUCGAGUGUCCAGCGAUAUCUAAGACGGAAGAGAAGGGUGUCAUACUGCUCAUUCAUGGCUUCCCUCAAACCUCGUAUCAGUUCCGCCAUGUCAUCACUCCUCUAGCAGACGCCGGCUACCGAAUUAUUGCGCCCGACUACCGAGGCGCUGGACAAUCCUCGAAGCCCUUAACCGGUUACCAAAAGACGCAGAUGGCGGAGGACUUGCACAUAUUGAUUCAGACACACUUCGACAUCAAAGAGAAAAUCCACGUCGUAGGCCACGACAUUGGUGGCAUGAUCGCAUUCGCCUAUGUAUCACGCUACCCCAACGACGUGAGAAGCGUUAUUUGGGGUGAAUGUCCACUGCCCGGUACAUCAUGCUACGAGAACGUCAAAGGCACUCCCGACGUUUUCCACUUCGUCUUCCACCGAGUACCCGACCUACCAGAAUUUCUGAUCGCUGGGAAAGAGCGAGAAUAUCUCAAGCACUUCUUCGACAAGAUCUCGUACAAUAGCGCAGCUAUCUCACCUGCCGACCUGGAACAUUAUGCGCUUGCCUACUCGCAACCUGGUGCUAUCAGAGCCGGUCUUGAGGUUUAUCGCGCUUUUGAGAAAGACGCAGAGGAGAACAGAAGUUGGGUGACUGAAUAUGGGAAGGUCAAAGUACCUUCACUGCUGAUGAAUGGAGGACAGUUCAUGCUGGCCCAGUCUGCGGCAAGCAUGGCUGAGGAGUAUCAUGAAGGUGCGGAAAUGUUGAUUGUCGAGGACAGUGCGCAUUACAUCGCUGAAGAGAACCCUGAAGGGUUCGUGAAGGGUGUAUUGGGGUUUGUUGCCAAAUAUUGA